AACUGCAUAUAUCAUAAAUUGCUAUUGCAAAUAGAAGUAUUAUGUUCAACAACUAACAUUUUCAGAUAUUAUUUUGACAAACACACUUUGGUGCUUACAAUUCAUUCUCUAAUGUCAUAAAUUUGGUGGUCACUGUCAUCUGUGAUCUUUGUGAUAUGACUUUCUUUAAGCACGUACUGAUGACACUGUCACUUAAUAUUUUUUCUUAGUCUAUAAACACUCUACAUGUAUUCACUCUGUGAUAGGGUUGGAUCCUAUAUGCUACUUUUAUUAUUGUCCUGUAAAUGGUUCAGUACCUAUAAUUUAGGCUGUGUGGAAAAUGAUCUAUACUGCUAAAUUACUACUAGAUUAUAGUGAUAAGGAAAACAGCAUACAAAUUUGGCCUGUGUAUUCAUUUGCCUAUAACUAGUCAAUUUAGUCUUUAUCCAUAGCUCAAACGGUUGGUAUGUUGUCAAGUAGGGCAGUCACGUGUGUUUGAUCAGAAGAUCACUGGUUCGAGCCUGGGAUGGGGACAGGGGAGGAAGUUAUACUGUUACCAGGACACGGACGUCCAUCUCACUCGACAGGGUUACUUGGCGAUAUAGGAAUUGGUACAACAGAAUGCUGAGAGGGCACUGUCGUGAAAUGGAAUUUUAUAAACAUGCAAUCUCUGUUUUAAACGCUUUUUGUUUUCCAGCCCCAUUUCAAUAUCAUGUCUUUAUAGUUGCUCUUGAUAAAUGCAUUCUCCGUCUCCGGUUUAGUGCACGCUGUUCCAAGCCGUGGCAGGUCUUUCAAUUCAGUUCGUGCAAUAAUAAAGGAUAAUCAUAGACCACCCUAUUAUUUCAUGUAACUGUUUCCCCACAUGUACUUAUCUAUUUCCAUUAUCAUUGGUGUGUAGUAAAAACCCCACCCACAUGGGAUCGCCACCCGCUGAUAAAAACAGAAAAUUACAAUGCGGAAGUAAAACUGGGAGCGGGUUUGUUACCACCAUUCUUUCCUCGUGGACGAAGCCAUUACUAGCUGAAUACCCAACUCUCCGUCCACUGCAACAUGUCUAGACUCCAGUCGUUUCGUGUAUUUUUAAAUGAGCGUUUAACUGCGGCAGCUGUGGAGAUUUUCGGGGCAGUUGAAGAAACGGUAGCGGAGUACCACGACGAGAAUGAUCGGCUACGUAGACUGCUGCGGAUCACACCGAUUAUAAAACGAUGUAACGUAGACUACCUGCAGCUCUCUCUUGGUGUCUCUGAAGAGGAGGUUCUCCCUGAGCAGCAGCACUGUGAGCAGGAGUGGAGCCCCAGUCUGGGGCAGGAGAACCCAGAACUUCCACAGAUUAAAGAGGAACAGGAGGAACUCAGGACCAGUCAGGAGGAAGAGCAGCUUCAAGGGCUGGAGGCUGAUAUCAUAGAGUUCAAAUUCACUCCUUCCUGUGUGAAAAGUGAAUGUGAUCAGGAGGACCCACUUCAGUCCUUGACUCUUCCCCAAACCCAGACUGUGGAGAACAGAGAGCGUGACCCUAAACAAGUGGAUCUCACACCUUUUGUUACUGUGACCCACCUAAAGGGUCUCUACAUUCCCUGUGACCCUCCAGAUAAUCAAAACAAUCUAUCCAGCCAAAGCUCAACCUUAAGCAGCGACCCAGCGGCACUUGACAGCAGGCCAUCGUUGGAUCCCAGCCCACCAUUGGAUCCAAGCCCAUCAUUGGAUCCAAACCAGUCAAUGGUGGAACACUGUUUCAAACCCAGCACCACGUCUAGAAAAACUCACGGCUGCCGUGACUGUGGCGAAAUGUUUGCAAUGAAAGCUGACCUGCAGAGUCAUGUGACUCUCUUUAAGAAGAGGCCCAGUGAAUGUCGCUUCUGCAAAAGAAACUACAACUCCACCUGUAAACUGAAGGCCCAUAUCCGACUCUGUCACAGUGGGAAACCCUACACCUGCCCUGUUUGUGGCAAGACCUUCAAACUCAAAGGGAAUCUGUCCAAGCACAUGAGGAUUCACACAGGAGUGGGAGAGAAACCAUUUAGCUGUGGAGACUGUGGAAAAUGCUUCUAUCAGAAGGGGGACUUAAGUAGGCAUAUACGGACUCACACAGGAGAGAAAUUAUUUAUCUGUGGUGAUUGUGGGAAAAGCUUCAAUUUGAAAGGGAACCUUAGGAAGCAUAAACUGACUCACACAGGAGAGAAACCAUUUCUCUGUGAUGACUGUGGGAAAGGCUUCAGUCAGAAGGGGACCCUAAGGAAGCAUAAACUGACUCACACAGGAGAGAAACCAUUUAGCUGUGGAGACUGUGGGAAAAGCUUCAGUCAGAAGGGGACCCUAAGGAAGCAUAAACUGACUCACACAGGAGAGAAACCAUUUAGCUGUGAUGGCCGUGGGAGGGGAGGGAGGGUGAAUGAGCCAAGUGGAAGCUGGGGAUGAUUAGGUGGUUGAGAUGGUAUGAGGGCCAGUUUGGGAAUGUAGUCUCUCUUGCCCUCUUUGUGUGUGUAAGCGCAAACUGUUUUAAAUGCAUUAUUGUUUUUUCAGUCACAUUUCAAUAACGUUCUUUAUAAUUGCUGUUCAUAACUGCCUUCUCUGGUUUAGUGCUUGCUGUCCCAUCAGUCCCAAGCAGCUGCCAUUAGUCACGUGUUACAAUGUGUCUUUUAAUUCAGUUCAUGCAAGGAAUGAUCAUCCUAGAUCAGCCUAAUACUUAACAUGUGGAAAAACAAUUAUAAUAUUUUUAUGUUAUAAUUUGUAUGGUGCUUGUAGUAUAACCAUCCACAUCGGGGCGCUUUGUUAUGUUUAUGGAUGAGCCACCCGCUGAUAAAAACAGAAUAAGACAAUA